AUGGCUACCCCUAGUGUCCUUGCUUUUGACGCUGAGGGUCGGGCCAUUGACUUUGAGGUCUGGGUAGACGACCUGCAGCUGUUCUUACAGUGCGAUAGGGCAGACGGUCUCUCUUUCUUUGACCUUACCUCUGGCGCUUCCCCUGCCCCUGCUGCUGAUGCUGACGCCACUGUUUGCUCCCAGUGGGCCACACGCGAUGUUGCUGCACGUCUUGCUGUGCGUCGCCACCUCCCUACCUCCGAGCGUGCGCACUUUAGUCAGUACAAGAGUGCUCAGACCUUGGGUGUUCCCCCUCCCCCCUGCUGCCCUAUGUUGCCUCUGCUGCUACGGCCGACCUCCUUGGUCUUGAGUCAGUCGGUGCGGCGUCUGCCCCUAGCGGGAGACGCCGCCCUGGCAAGGGCAAGGGGGCAAAGGGAGCUGGAGGAGUGGGCGGUGGAGGUGGAGGUGGAGGCGGUGGGGGUAGUGGGGGUGGCGGUAGGAGUGGAGGUGCGGGUGGGGGGGUCGGUGGCGGCGGUGGAGGCGGAGGCGGCGGCGGCGGUGGCGGUGGGAGCGGAGGUGGCGGAGGAGGCGGCGGUGGAGGCGGCGGUGGAGGCGGCGGUGGAGGCGGCGGCAGUAGCGAAGGCGGCGGAGGCGGUGGGGGUGGCGGUGGAGCUGGUCGCGGGCCUUCGCAGAGGAGUGGCUCCGGUAGUGGCGCGCGCCAACAGCAGGAGCGCGGUCGUGAGACCCUGUCCCCUCAGCAGCUCCGUGAGUGGUACACUGCACGCCAGCGGGCGCUGCUUUGGCCGCCUGACGGACGCGUGGCGUCACCAGUUCCCGGAGGCCUCAGAGAUUCCUCGCUGGGGCGAGCUGUCUAGGGCGGGUGUUGCCAUCUUUGAUCUUGACUUUGAUGCUAUUCUCUCUGCCAUGUAUGCUGUGUCUCAUAGUGAUGAGGGUGACUGCUACCGCUGUUUCCCGCCCGAUCCGGGCAUUGAGGCUGCUGCCUUAGGUGCUUGCGACGCAACUGCUCUAGGUGCUAGUGUGUCUGCGUCCUCAGGUACUGGUGAGUCUGCGCUCUCAGGUACUACGUCGGCUUCGGCCUCCCUCACCUUUACUCUUGACUCUGGGGCGUCUCGCUCCUUUCGGGACCGCACCACACUCACGCCGCUCAGUCGGCCGGUUGCGAUGUCUCAGGCUGACCCCUCCGGGGGUCCUGUACUGUCUCGCUUCUCCACAGUCCUCCCGUGUUCGGCGGCUCCCUCUGGCACACUGUCUGGUCUCAACCUCCCCUCGUUCUCGACGAACCUGGUGAGUGGUGCUGACCUACAAGAUGGGGGAGUACACCAGUUCACUCCUGCGAGUCAGCGGGUGACGCACUGUACAGAGGCUAGCACAGGCCGGCACCUGGCUACGUUUACCCGUCAGCCGGGGUCGAGCCUGUACACACUGACCACUGCGUCUCCUCCCGUUACUGAGUCUAGUAGAGUCGCUUCGUCCGGUCAGGUGUUUGCUGCAGCGUCUAGGUCUGGUCCUGAGUCUACCCCCUGUUCGUGUCAUCUCUUGUCUCAUGAGACUCUCCUCUGGCACCACCGUCUUGGUCACCCCUCUCUGCUUCGGCUCGGAGGCAUGGCCUCCCGUCUUCUUGUGUCUGGUCUCCCCCGGUCCCUGCCUCCCCUUCCUCAGGGCCCUGGCCCUGCCUGUGUCCCCUGUGUCGAGGGGCGCCAGCGGGCUGCCCCUCACUCCUCCCAGUUUCCUCCGACAGAGGCCCCGUUGCAGACGCUUCACAUGGAUGUGUGGGGCCCGGCCCGCGUCCGUGGACAGGGUCACGAGCGCUACUUCCUGCUCGUUGUUGACGACUACUCGCGUUACACCACGAUCUUCCCCUUGCGCAGCAAGGGUGAUGUCACUGAGGUGCUGAUCGACUGGAUCCGCGCGGCUCGUCUCCAGCUCAGGCGGAGCUUUGGCUCGGACUUCCCUGUUUUGCGUCUGCACUCGGACAGAGGCGGAGAGUUUUCCUCUGGCCUACUGCGAGCCUACUGUCGCGCACGAAGCAUCCGUCAGACCUUCACGCUUCCGGACUCACCGCAGAAAAAUGGGAUUGCUGAGCGCCGCAUUGGCAUGGUCAUGGACGUCGCUCGUACGUCUAUGAUGCAUGCGGCUGCCCCCCAUUUUCUGUGGCCGUUUGCGGUCAGGUACGCGGCGCAUCAGAUCAACCUCCACCCCAGGGUCUCCAGCCCGGAGGCCUCUCCAGCCUUACUGUGGACGGGGAAGGUUGGCGAUGCGUCGGCGUUCCUUGUGUGGGGAUCUCGGGCGUUUGUCCGCGACUUGUCUGCGGACAAGCUGUCCCCUCGUGCUGCUCCUUGCGUCUUCCUGGGGUUCCCCCCUGACGCGCCUGGGUGGCAGUUCUACCACCCCACCUCUCGACGUGUUUUGUCCUCCCAGGACGUCACUUUUGACGAGUCGGUCCCCUACUACCGCCUCUUCCCCUACCGCACUCCGUCCCUCCCCCCACCCCCGCUCUUCCUUGUACCAGCUGCUGCCAUGGCCACCCCCAAUGUUCUUACUUUUGACGCUGAGGGGAGGGCCAUUGACUUUGCCGUCUGGAUUGAAGACCUGCAGCUGUACUUACUGUGUGAUGCGAUAGAUGAGGUCUCUCUCUUUGACUUUGUCUCUGGCGCUGUCCCUGCCCCACCUGCUGAUGCUGACUCUGCCGUUCGCUCCAAGUGGGCGACCCGCGAUGCUGCUGCACGUCUUGCUGUGCGUCGCCACCUCCCUUCCUCUGAGCGUGCCCACUUUAGUCAGUGCAAGACCGCUCAGGCCUUGUACGACGCUGUAGUUGCACGCUACUCCUCCCCUUCCUCCGCUACCCUUAGCCGCCUCAUGCUACCGUUUCUCUUCCCUGACCUCGCUUCCUUUCCCACUGUCGCUGACCUCGUUACCCACCUCCGUGCUAGUGACACCCGCUACCGCGCUGCCCUUCCUGCUGAGUUCCGCGCUGCGAACCCUCCUCCCAUGUACAUCACUCUCUACUUUCUCGUCACCCGUCUCCCUGAGUCCCUUCGUGUCGUUAGGGACCAGGGUGUGGUCCUUCCCCCCCUGCUGCCCUCUGUCGCCUCUGCCGCUGCGGCCGACCUCACUGGUUUUGAGUCGGUCGGCGCGGCGUCUGCCCCCAGCGGCAGACGCCGCUCUGGCAAGGGCAAGGGGGGCAAGGGAGCGGGUGGAGCUAGAGGGGGCGGUGGAGGAGGCGGUGGGGGUGGCGGGGGGAGUGGGGGUGGCGGUGGGGGUGGUGGCGGGAGUGGAGGUACUGGUGGCGGCGGUGGAGGCGGAGGUGGCGGCGGAGGUGGUAGCGGAGGAGGCGGUGGGAGCGGUGGGAGCGACGGUCCAAGUGGGGGAGGUGGAGGUGGAGACGGGGGUGGCGGUGGAGGCGGGGGUGGCGGUGGAGGCGGGGGUCGGAGUGGCUCGUCCCAGCGGAGCAGCUCUGGGGGUGGUCAGCGCCAGCAGCAGCAGCAGCAGCAGCCGCAGCAGCAGCCACAGCAGCAGCAGCGCUCUCGCACCGUCCCCGCCCCUCAGCAGCUCCGUGAGUGGUACUAG